AUUCUCUCUUGUAUCAGAUUCAUCUAGUCCGCUAACUGUGCCCUCAACCUAUAUAUUGAUUUACCAUAUCCUGCAAAAUUGCUGUUUAGUUCACUCGAUUUGGGUAUAUGCAUAUGACGUGUUCGGGAUCGGAAGGUUGAAUUAGUUUGUGAUUUCCGCGUUUUGCAGAUCGCGCAAUUGAAGCAGCUGCUACUUUCAGGUGUUGAAGGCCGUUUUCGAUCAUUAAUUUCGGAUGGUUUAGGGUUUUUUGAUUGCCAAUUAGGGAUUUCUAGGGUUUUUUGAAUAAUCGAGAUAUUUAGGGUUUUGGAUUUGCGAGAAGCGGAAAGGGUGAAGUUAUAGGGCAAUUGAUUUGAAUUGAUGGUUGAAGGCAGUUUUUGGGGUUGUGUUGAAUCUCGGAAAAAUGCAAAGAAGGGAUUUUUAUUAUGCAUGGGAGGUUUCGGAGGGAAGGUGAGGGGAGUUGCAGAAGUCUACAGUGCAGUAUCAGUUGGCAUAUGCACCCAACUGUAAUUGCUGCGGAUUCAAAUUCGUUUUUUAAGGAUGGUCGCAAAAUCAAUGUUGGCGAUUGUGCUCUUUUCAAACCUCCACAGGAUUCUCCGCCUUUUAUUGGUUUAAUUCGUCGGUUGACAUUAAGUAAAGAUAAUAACUUGCGGAUAGGAGUUAAUUGGCUUUAUCGACCUGCUGAGCUAACUCUCGAAAAAGGUCCUCUCUUGGACGGUGCACCAAACGAAAUCUUUUACUCCUUUCAUAAAGACGAAACCCUUGCUGCCUCUUUACUUCAUCCGUGUAAAGUUGCAUUUCUUCCUAGAGGUGCUGAACUUCCCACAGGGACAUCCUCUUUUGUUUGUCGGCGCGUCUAUGACAUUGAAAACAAGUGUUUAUGGUGGCUAACAGAUCAAGAUUACUUUAAUGAGCAUCAAGAAGAAGUAAACCAGCUUUUAGACAAAACAAAGAAAGAAAUGCACGGAACAUUGCAGCCUGGUGGCCGCUCCCCGAAACAAGCUAAUGGCCUAACUUCAGCAGCACAAUUGAAACCUAGUUCAGAGAAUGCCCAGAAUAGUGGAACUUCCCUUCCUUCUCAAACCAAGGGUAAAAAAAGGGAAAGAGGAGACCAUUCCACUGAUUCUAUCAAACGGGAGCGUUUCUCAAAGACAGAUGAUAGUGGCUCUGGUCCACACAAAAUUGAAAAUAAUGUGAAAUCUGAUAUUGCAAAAAUAUCCGAGAAAGGUGGAGUUGUAGAUUUUGAAGGGGUUGAGAAGCUUUUACAAUUAAUGCAGCAUAGAGUGGAGAAGAAAUUGGAUUUAAUUAGCCGUUCUAUGCUUGCUGGUGUAAUAGCUGCAACUGAGAAGAUUGAGUGCCUCAGUCGGUUUGUGCAGCUGAAGGGUUUGUCUGUAUUUGAUGAGUGGCUCCAGGAGAUCCAUAAGGGGAAGGUUGGUGGUGGGAAUAAUUCAAAGGAUGCUGACAAAUCUGUGGAGGAAUUUCUUUUGGUUUUACUUUGUGCACUGGAUAAACUUCCUGUAAACCUCCCUGCGCUCCAAACAUGCAACAUUGGUAGAUCUGUGAAUCAUCUACGAUCACAUAAAAACGUAGAAAUUCAAAGAAAGGCUCGAAGUUUAGUUGACACGUGGAAGAAACGUGUUCAGGCGGAAAUGACUAAUAUUGACGCGGAGACUGGUUCCGCCCAAGGUGGACCCGUGUGGUCUUCCAAAUCACGCCUCCCAGAGGCUUCCCAUGCUGGUAGCAGAACACUUAGUGGAUCUGAUGUUGCUGUGAAAAGCUCUAUCACUCAACAUUCUGCAUCUAAAACAACUUCAGUAAAGUCCUCGCAUGGAGAAAAUAACACAAAGUCUGCAUCUUCAUCUCCUGGUCCAGUAAAACCAUCUUCGCCAGCGGCAUCUGUUAAGGAGAGCCAACCUGGAACUUCUACUGGUGGCAGUGACACUCCUGAAGCCCCUCUGACUAGGGAGGAUAGGAGCAGCAGUUCAAAUCAGUCUCAUAUUUACAGUCCGUCAAUUUCAACAAAGGAGGAGGGAAAGAUUUCGGCUGCUAUUUCUGCAUCUGCUAGUAAGAUAUCAAGCAGUAGCUCUCGAAAUAGAAAAGGUGGUGGUUUUCCAGGGGUUAGUGGAGUUCACAAAGACAGCAGCUCUAGCAGAAGUUUAUCAUCGAUAAGAAAUUGUACCUCAGAUAAAGUAUCUCAAUCUGGUAUGGCGACUGAAAGGGUUAGUGAUGGACCGUUGCUUGAAGCAGGCAAUCCGAAGCUAAUUGUUAAGAUACCAAACCGGUCACGGAGUCCAAGUCAAGGUGUCAGUGGAGUAUCUCCUGAAGAUCCUUCUGCUCUGAGUAGCCAAUCAUCUCAACCAGUGCUUUUGGACAAACUUGAUCAGUUCGACAAUAACUCAAGGACGAAGAGUGAUGUUCUUCGAUGUAAUGCUAGUCCUGACACGAAUGUUGAAUCUUGUCGAGUCAAUGAUAUGAAAGGUAUAGUGAGUGGAUCUGGGUCAGCUGCUGUUCUUCUCGAAGAAGAAAAAAGUAUGUCAGCUGAAGACUCCAGGCAAUCUGCGGAAGGCCCAAAAAAGAACCAACUAAAAUGUGGAAAGUUGCAUGAAACUUCUUUUAGCCCCAUGAAUGCUUUAAUUGAAAGCUGUGUUAAAUAUUCGGAAGCGCACUCUUCAUUAUCUCCUGAGGAUGAUGUAGGGAUGAACUUACUUGCUAGUGUGGCAGCUGGUGAAAUGUCAAGAUCAGAGUUGAUUUCACCUACUGGUUCAACUGAAAGAAGCACACCUGCAACAGGAGUUUGCGUUAGUGCUGAUGCAAAAUCAAAGUCUUCUCCCGAAGAUCAAAUUCGAGGAACUGAAAGUCAGCAGCUUUGUGGUGACGGAGAAGGUGGUCUCAAGAAACAGGUUUUUUUAAAUGGUUCAUGCUUGGAAGAUGGAUUACAUGUGCCUAAACAAGCAUCAUUUACUCCGGACAUGGAUCGUCGUCCAUCCCAUACUUCUGCAGACAUGGCAGCUGGAGAGAAAAACAAACCCUAUGACAAUGCUAGCACAGAUUCUAGAAGCACUGCUGACCAUAAAAUAGAGGUUAGUAAGAAUUUGACUCAAUUGACUGGUGCCAAUCAGAAGACUGGAGAUGGUGAAGUAAAUGAAGAAUAUCAGGAGGAAAAGACCCCAACAAGUGAUUCUUGCAUGGAUAAUAUUGUCGACUGUAAAAAAAAUGGAACUAAUGUUGCAGGGACCGAGUACAAAUCUGGUGAUGAUCUCUCAGACACAGCUAAGGGGAUUACUAUUGCUGAAGAUGCAUCUCUGAACCAAUUGUGUAAUAUCGAGUGCAAGAGUGAUUUGAAGGAUGGAUUGAUGGUGGGUGCUAAUCCCAUGAAGAAAAUCACUGCUACAGUUGUAAAGUCUGAACUCAAAGAUAGAGUUAUUGAUGAGAAGCCACAACAAACCUCAUCACAACCAAUACUUUCUGAAGAUGGUGAUGAAAUGAAAGUUAGGGAAAUUGAUGAAAAGAAUAUCAAGGCUUUUGUGAGUGAGGUUGAAAGGGGUGACAUCAAUAGGAGAGUGGACAGAAACACAGCUCCUGAUGCCUGUAGUGCUGGUUCAUGUUCCACUAGUCAUGGUCUAAAAAGUCAUAAUAUGGAAACAGCUACAGAAAAGAAAGUGAUCAACGAACCAGUUUCACUGCCUGAGACAGGGUUUCCUGCAUCUGUUGCCAAUGAAGGGCAUACAAAUAACAACAUUAGAGGAUCAAAGCCUCUUGGCAGUAAAGUUGACGAAGUAGAAUCUGCUUCAAAUGUUGCCAAAACGCCCUCUGCUGCAGCAGGAGCAGAUUCAGAUACGAAAGUAAGGUUUGAUUUGAAUGAAGGGUUUACUGUUGAUGAUGGAAAAUUUGGGGAGCCAGAGAGUUUGGCGGCCUCUGUUUCAACAGCUGUUCAGAUGUCCAACAGUCUGCAAUUUUCUGUAAAUCCUUAUCCUACCCUCCAUCCUGCUUCCAUUACUGUGGCUGCUGCUGCAAAGGGCCCCUUUGUUCCUCCAGAGGACCUACUGAGAAGUAAAGGGGAAUUGGGUUGGAAGGGAUCUGCUGCCACUAGUGCAUUUCGGCCAGCUGAACCUAGAAAAGCAAUUGAAGCGCCUUUGGCUACAACUAAUUUCUCAUGUGAUGCUUCUGCCAGUAAAAAUGGCCGCACUAUGUUGGAUAUAGAUCUCAAUAUAGACCUAAAUGAGCCAGAUGAAAAAGUUCUUGAGGAGACAGCUUCUCGAGAUUCUUAUGUGGUUAAUGAUAGUUCUAUAUUGCUUAAUAACAGUUCUGGUUUUACACCAGUUCUUGGCUCUGGUGGGCUGGAUCUUGAUUUGAAUAGAGUUGAUGAAUCCAAUGAGAAUGGACAGUGUUCUACCAGCCGGAGUUAUAAUGAAGAGAGUUCUUUAUUGCAUCUCAAACCCUCGGGAGACUUAAUGUCUGCUGAUGUUCAAAGGGGUUUUGAUCUCAAUGAUCAGCCUGGGUUUGAUGAUGGUAGUGCAGAGCACUUAAGGACCACUCAACAAGUCAAAGUUGCUUUGACAUCCCAGUUGCCUUCUAUUGGUCUUAGAGCAAAUAAUCCAGGACUAGGUGGUUUGUCGUCUUGGUUCCCACCAGCUAGUACUUAUUCAACUGUGGCGAUUCCAUCAAUUAUACCUGAUCGUACCGACCAAUCCUUUCCAGUAAUUCCACCUGGAGCAUCACAGAGAAUGUUUAGCCCUGCUAGCAUAUCUUCAUUUACACCUGAUGCUUACCGUGGAUCAGUAUUGUCAUCAUCUCCUGCUGUGUCAUUCCCAUCUGGUCCUUUCCAGUUUCCUGUGUUCCCUUAUGGGCACUCUUUUCCUCUUCCAUCUGCCAGUUUUCCAAUCGGUGGAACCUCAUAUGCAGAUGCCUCAUCUGGUACUAGGUUUUUUGUACCACCUGUCAAUUCUCAGUUGUUGGGACCAGUUGGUGCAAUUUCAACCCAAUUUCAGAGACCGUUUAUGGUCAGCCUUCCAGAUAAUAGCAGCAAUAGUGGACUGGAAAACAGCCGAACAUGGAGUAGACAAGGUCUUGACCUCAAUGCUGGCCCUGGAACUGUUGAAGGUGAUGCCAGGGAAGAUAAUUUGCCUCAUUUAUCAAGUCAACACUCUGUUAUCAGUACACGUGCGCAAGCAGAGGAACAAGCUAGGCUCUAUCCAGUUUCAGGUUUGAAGAGGACGGAACCCGACGGAGGGUGGGAUAAAGAAAACUUCAGAUACAAGCAGUCAUGGCAGUAGGACUGUAAAUUUAUAGGCUACCUGCUCAAUUUAAGUCCUCAGGUUCUGAACCCUCAUCCUGCUGGGAUAAUCUUCAAACUGUCGGUUAUCUGAAGAGCUCAUUUCUUUAUCUAUCCGGUCUCUGAUGUCCCACCUCAUCUGAGCAUCAAUGUUAACCUCUCCAAACACUACUGGGAGGAUAGAGGUCCUAAUCUACCUGUACAUAGUUUGACUCCUGGAGAAGCCUGAGCUUUUGGCGCCAAGAUAUACUGAAGAUUGAUGUGCAUAGUUUCUGGCUAACCGUUCUGAGGAGGCUGGAUCUUCGAUUUUAUACAAGCCCUUGUGAAUUUGAGCUUUUACUGUCAUCAUCCUUUGCACUUUUAUACUUUUAUUCUAUUUUUUUUCCGCCCACAUAUUUUAUAAGUAGAUUUAUGUCGAAUUUUGGUUCUAAUGGUUUUUCGUCUCAAGGUUUAGUUGUAAUGGCCUUUGUUGUACUUCAUCUUGGGUUUCGGCCUGCAUUCGGAUUACAUAGCACGAAAGCAGAGAUGUGCGUUGUUGUGUAUUUCUGAUGCACAAUACUGGCAAGUGUAAAAGACGAGCAAGAUUUUGCGUGGUUGCCUCUGCCCUGAGCAGCAGUGUUGGAUGAGAAAAUAAUGGAGAUGUGAAAUUUAAA